ACCCUUUUCUCUCGCUUCGCUGCCUCUCUCUCUCUCUCUCUCUCCCCAAAACUAAAACCUCGCAGCCAUUGUUUCUCCUCCGGAAGCACAAUCAUGGCGAUCGAUCAACAAACACAGAUUCAACUCUCUAUCCUCCUCGGUCCCGAUUCUUCUCACUUCGAAACCCUAAUUUCACACCUCAUGUCUUCUUCAAACGAACAACGUUCCCACGCCGAAUCUCUCUUCAAUCUCUGCAAACAAACACAUCCCGAUUCACUCGCUUUGAAACUCGUUCAAUCUCUCAAUUCAUCUUCCAAUCUCGAGCUUCGUGCUAUGUCCGCUGUUUUGCUACGGAAACAACUCACUCGUACUGGAGAUGACGAUGAUUCCGCUUUUAUCUACCCUCGAAUUGCUGAAUCUACUCGUUUGACUCUUAAAUCUGUUCUCAUCACGUCUUUGCAACAGGAGAGUACUAAAUCUAUUGCUAAGAAGGUUUGUGAUACUAUCUCUGAACUCGCUUCUGCGAUUUUACCGGAGAAUGGAUGGCCGGAGUUACUUCCUUUUAUGUUCCAGUGCGUUGUUGCUGCUGAUAAUCCCAAUCUUCAGGAAUAUGCUUUGUUGAUUUUCUCUAGAUUGGCUCAGUACAUUGGUGAAACGUUGAUUCCUUAUUUGAGUACAUUACAUUCUGUGUUUUCUCAGUCGUUGAGAAAUUCUACAUCUGCUGAUGUUAGAAUUACGGCUUUGGGUGCUGCUAUUAAUUUUAUCCAGUGUUUGUCAAAGGCUUCCGAUAGGGAUAUAUUUCAGGAUUUGUUGCCCUUGAUGAUGCAAACGUUGACAGAGGCGUUGAAUUCCGGGCAAGAAGCAACAGCACAAGAAGCUUUAGAGCUUCUUAUUGAACUGGCUGGUACCGAACCGAGGUUUUUAAGGAGACAGAUUGUGGAAAUUGUUGGUUCAAUGCUUCAGAUUGCGGAAGCUGAGAGUUUAGAAGAAGGAACCAGACAUUUGGCAGUUGAAUUUGUGAUUACAUUGGCUGAGGCACGAGAAAGAGCUCCCGGUAUGAUUAGGAAAUUGCCACAGUUCAUUACCAAACUCUUUAGCGUGUUGAUGAACAUGCUUUUGGAUAUUGAGGAUGACCCUGCAUGGCACAGUGCCGAGAAUGAGGAUGAAGAUGCUGGCGAGACCAGUAAUUAUGGGUUUGGACAAGAAUGUCUAGACAGGCUUGCGAUAUCUUUGGGUGGAAAUACAAUUGUUCCUGUUGCCUCUGAAGUUUUCUCGGGUUUCUUCGCUGCUUCUGAGUGGCAGAAGCACCAUGCUGCUCUCAUUGCUCUUGCCCAAAUUGCUGAAGGCUGCUCAAAGGUUAUGAUAAAAAACCUGGAACAGGUGGUUUCUAUGGUUCUGAACUCUUUUCAGCAUCCCCAUCCUCGUGUCCGAUGGGCAGCAAUUAAUGCAAUCGGACAGUUGUCUACAGACUUAGGACCUGUGUUACAAACUAAAUAUCAUCAGUCUGUGCUGCCUGCACUGGUUGGAGCCAUGGAUGACUUUCAGAACCCUCGAGUCCAGGCCCAUGCUGCUUCCGCUGUUCUUAAUUUCAGUGAGAAUUGCACUCCAGAAAUUUUAACCCCUUAUCUGGAUGGAGUUAUUAGCAAGCUUCUUGUACUGCUUCAGAAUGGAAAACAAAUGGUACAAGAGGGUGCUUUGACUGCUUUGGCGUCAGUUGCUGAUUCUUCACAGGAACUGUUCCAAAAAUACUAUGAUGCUGUUAUGCCUUACUUGAAAGCUAUUUUGGUAAAUGCAAAUGACAAAGCUAAUCGCAUGCUUCGCGCUAAGUCAAUGGAGUGCAUUAGCUUGGUUGGAAUGGCUGUUGGAAAGGAAAAAUUUAUGGAUGAUGCAAAGCAGGCUUGGGCAAGACUCUGCAAAUGCCUUGGAAAAGAUUUUCUCCCUUACAUGGGUGUUGUUAUGCCCCCUUUGCUUCAAUCAGCUCAGCUUAAGCCCGAUGUUAUCAUUUCAUCUGCAGAUUCAGAUGCAGAUAUUGAUGACGAAGAUGAUAGCAUUGAGACCAUCACUCUUGGUGACAAGAGAAUAGGGAUCAAAACUAGCGUGUUAGAGGAGAAAGCUACUGCCUGUAACAUGCUGUGUUGCUAUGCAGAUGAGCUAAAAGAAGGGUUUUUCCCUUGGAUUGAUCAGGUUGCUCCUAUUUUAGUUCCUCUUCUCAAAUUUUAUUUCCAUGAAGAAGUUAGGAAGGCUGCAGUAUCAGGUAUGCCGGAGCUGUUACGUUCAGCUAAACUUGCUGUGGAGAAAGGGGAAUCUCAGGGUCGCAAUGAAUCCUAUAUAAAGCACUUGAGCGACUAUAUAAUACCGGCGUUGUUAGAGGCCUUGCACAAGAUUUCUGGACCCAUUCUAGAUGAAAGCCAAGUGAGGGGCAUUGUUGAGGAGACUAAGCACGCAGUAAUAGCUAGCUCAACCAGACGGAGCGAAAGAGAAGAGAGAGCUAGGGCAGAAGACUUUGAUGCAGAAGAAAGCGAGAUCCUUAAAGAAGAAAAUGAACAAGAAGAAGAAGUUUUUGAUCAGAUUGGUGAUUUAUUGGGUACGUUAAUAAAAACAUUCAAGACCUCUUUCUUGCCCAUGUUUGAUGAGCUUUCAUCUUACAUAACUCCCAUGUUGGGUAAUGAUAGAACAGCAGAGGAGAGAAGAAUAGCCAUUUGUAUAUUUGAUGAUGUUGCUGAGCAUUGUCGCGAAGCAGCUCUUAAAUACUAUGAUACCUUCGUCCCUUUUCUUCUGGAAGCAUGCAAUGACGAGAAUGUUGAUAUUCGGCAGGCUGCUGUGUAUGGAAUUGGAGUUUGUGCUGAGUUUGGCGGAUCUGUUUUCAGACCUCUUGUCGGAGAGGCACUCUCCAAAUUGGAUGUUGUCAUUGCACAUCCUAAUGCACAGCAGUCUGAAAACGCCAUGGCCUAUGACAACGCUGUUUCCGCUCUCGGAAAAAUAUGUCAGUUCCACCGAGACAGUAUUGAUGCUGGAAGGAUUGUACCUGCCUGGUUAAACUGCUUGCCGAUAAAAGGGGAUACAGUUGAGGCUAAAAUUGUCCAUGACCAGCUUUGCUCAAUGGUGGAGAGAUCUGAUCCGGAUCUAUUAGGGCCCAAUCAUCAGUACCUUCCAAAAAUAGUUGCAGUUUUUGCUGAGGUCUUAUGUGCGGGGAGUACGCUGGCAACGGAGCAAACAGUGAGUAGGAUGAUAAAUAUCUUAAGACAGCUUCAACAAACAUUGUCUCCAUCAGUGCUCGCAUCGACAUGGUCAUCUCUGCAACCACAGCAACAGCUUGCAUUACAGUCCAUCCUCUCCUCUUAGUUCCCUAUAUUCUUUUGCGAGCUUGGCAUGACAAUGAAGAUGAUCCCACAAAGGUAUCUCUCUAAGGUGUGCAUAAUGUUUGAUUCUUGGGCUUGCUGCUUAUGAAACGACAAUGUUAAGUAGUGCCCAGAAAAGAAGAAAAUUUUGAGAUUUUUUGUUGUGUUAUGCCAUGAACAAAGACAUUGCUUAAUCAAAUUUUGAUGGUUUU